CAACACUCGACACACGCAGAACCCGAGUACCUACCACAAGUACCUCAAAACUCCCCCAACAAACUCCAACACAAUGUUCCGCCAACACCUCGCCCGCAACGUCCGCCUCUUCAGCACCUCGGUGCGCGUCCAGAAGGGUCCAGUCGAAGCUGCAAAAGACGGCUUGAAGACCGUCGACAAGAGCGUAUCGCAGACGAUUGUCAAGGGAAUUGAGAAGGGCGAGGAGGCCGCCGCAGCAGCAAAGAAGGCAGCAGGCGCCGGAGCAAAGGAGGCGGAGCGAAAGGCUGAGGAUGUGAAGGAUAAGGCUCAGGAUGUGGCCAAUGAUGCGAAGAAGUCGACCAAGUUGUAGGAAGGUAGAAGCAUGGUCAAGCAUGAGGGGCAUGAAUAUGAAAACAGGGAUCGGGAGAGGUGGGAUUGAUGUCCUCUGCUGCUGUUGCCGAGGAUCAUCAUGACCAUUGCGUAGAGAGAUCCUGAUAUACGAUGGCCUUGUGUAUUGUAGCAACAGCAUUGAUGAAAUGUGAUGCGUGGACGAUGUUGU